CAGAGCUGGGAAAAGAACCCAGGUGUCCCAAGCCUCAGUCCAACAUGAGUGGCUUGGAGGCAUCAGAGCUUGCAGGUAUUGAAGGAGCCCAGCUGAAUCUGAACAGCAGGCAACAUCUGGAGUGACUCCAGCCUGAGCCCAUCUCUAGUGCUGUGAAGGGGCUUGGAGGAGGGUGAAAUGCAGAGCCUUGCAGGAGCAGACAGGGCUGAAGGCAGCAGGAGAAGAGAGUGGAGCAAAGUGCUAUGGCAGGAAACCUUGAUGGAAGAAAAGAAAGGGCAGGCUUGGGGUUAUAUAUAUAUUUACAUAUCUCUGUUGCAGGAGGCUCCUGCAGUAAGGAUGUUCACAUGGGUAUCCCAGGCAAAUCCCAGUGCUGGCUGGAAGGAGCAUACCCCUCCACUUCCAGCUCUAAACCAUUUUCUCCUCUCACUGCUCCAUUCUGCUGCCUGCUCUCUCCCACCCCAGAUGCAGACAGCAUCUCUGUGCAAGGCAAUCCCUAGGCAACCCUAGACUGCCCCUGUGCCAGGGCCUGCCUCAUGAGAGCAGCAAGGCCUUCGCGUAGUGCCGGUUCAGGUAGUAGAAGCCCUUGGAGAACCAGGUGCCAUAAGCAUGAGUUAAUUGUCCCAGGUUAGGACACCCUGGACACACACCCCAUGGUUUUGGCGCCCCUUUGAGGCAGUUAGCAGCACAGCAGGCUCAGGAUCUUGGUUCCAGCUGCCUUACGACCUUGCUGGCUCUGCCCUGGCUGCCUGUCCCUGUCAAUCACACUGGACACAUUCCUGGCAAGUAGUGAAAAGAUGGCAGCACCACGGCUCGUCUGGACUCUCUUCUUAGCAGUGGUUUUUCUUGGUGGGCUCCUGGCUGCUCUCCCUGAUCGCAAUGUCUAUCCGGUGACUGGAGAGAUCUUUGUGCACGAGCUGGAGCGGGAGCUCUUCCAGGAUGCGUUUCCCUCUGUCCACAAUAACGUCGAGGAAAUCCCACCUGAUGUCCCCAUCACCUUCCAUGCCCGUCUGUUGGGAUACCCAGACCUGCCCAGGUGGCUGCGUUACAUCCAGCGUGGGCCGUAUGAAACCGCCUUCCUCUAUGGGUCACCCACAGCAAAGGAAAAGAAAGCUGGCAGGCAGACCAUUGAGGUGAAAGCGUAUAACAGACAUACAUAUGAGACUGUGAAACAAAGGAUCAUCUUCAACAUUGGCUCCUCCCCAGACGAGCAGCUCCCGUACCAGGCAGAGUUCUUUGUGAAGAACCGAGAUGUGGAGGAAGUGUUACCGCUGGAGGCACAGCAGCUGUUCCAGCAGGGUGUGGACAGCAUCUGGGAUCAGGACGACUUGCACAUCAUCAACAUCACGUCAGCCUUGGACCGGGGAGGUCGUGUGCCCCUGCCUAUCGAGGGCAGAAAGGAAGGGGUGUACAUAAAGGUAGGAUCCAUAUACCCUUUCUCCGACUGCCUGGUGGCCACCAAGUCUCUUGAUAAUGAGGCCCGGUGCAACAUGGAGCAGCAGCCAGUUCUUGCAUGUCAUGACAGAUUCUAUCCUGUAUUAAUAAUCGACUGGUGCAAUAUCACCUUGAUGGAUCUCUCCAGCCCCAGCACCGCAGGGCCAGUGCUUAUUUCGGGAGAUGGGGUUCUGGAGGACGGCAGUGAAUUUGAACCCCCCACAGAUGCCCCUGAGAAGACUUUUCUGUAUGACUACCUGCUGACCAUCCUCCUGCCCUUGCUGGUGGCCCUUCUGCUCUGCCUUUUCCUGACCUACAUCAUGUGCUGCCGAAGGGAGGGCCUGGACAAAAGGGACAUGGCAACUUCUGACAUCCAGAUGGUGCACCACAACACAAUCCAUGGCAACACGGAGGAGUUGAGGCACAUGGCUAGCAGCAGGGAGGUGCCGCAGCCCCUCUCCACCCUGCCCAUGUUCAACGUGCGCACAGGCGAGAGUAUCAACCCCAUGCAGGGGCGCUACGACAGUGCCCACGUCCCGCUUAUCCUGGACCAGAAGUAAAGGCCAGACCAGGUGUUUGUUUGCCUCUGAGUGACUCUGUGUGCAACGGUGAAGCCCUCUUAUGGUUGGGAAGAACAGGGGGA